GAUAAAUAUCUUUAUGCUAUGCGGCUCUCUGAUGAAACCCUGUUGGAUAUUAUGGCUCGCUUCAGGAGAGAGAUGAAAAAUGGUCUUUCUAGAGACUUCAAUCCAACAGCUACAAUAAAAAUGCUUCCUACAUUUGUAAGAUCAAUUCCUGAUGGCUCAGAGAAAGGAGAUUUCAUUGCAUUGGAUCUUGGUGGAUCUUAUUUUCGAAUUCUGCGGGUGAAGGUCUCUCAUGAAAAAAAGCAGACGGUGCAAAUGGAAACUGAAAUUUAUAACACACCAGAAGAUAUCAUGCAUGGCACUGGAACAAGGCUGUUUGAUCAUGUUGCUGAAUGCCUGGGAGACUUCAUGGAGAAACAGCAAAUCAAGGACAAAAAACUACCAGUUGGUUUUACAUUUUCUUUCCCCUGUAGACAAUCCAAGCUGGAUGAGGGGAUUCUGAUAACAUGGACAAAACGCUACAAAGCCAGUGGAGUUGAAGGAGCAGAUGUUGUAAAGCUACUUAACAAGGCAAUCAAGAAACGUGGGGACUAUGAUGCAGACAUCAUGGCUGUUGUAAAUGAUACAGUAGGGACAAUGAUGACCUGUGGGUUUGAUGACCAGCGUUGUGAAGUAGGCUUGAUUAUAGGUACUGGCACUAAUGCUUGCUACAUGGAAGAAAUGAGACACAUUGAUUUGGUGGAAGGUGAUGAGGGGAGAAUGUGCAUCAACACUGAGUGGGGAGCCUUUGGAGAUGAUGGGUCACUAGAAGACAUCCGAACUGAGUUUGAUAGAGAGAUUGACCGUGGUUCCCUUAAUCCUGGAAAACAACUAUUUGAGAAGAUGGUGAGUGGAAUGUACAUGGGUGAAUUGGUCAGGCUCAUCCUUGUCAAGAUGGCCAAAGAAGGACUGCUUUUUGAAGGGAGAAUCACUCCAGAGCUUUUAACCAAAGGAAAAUUUGAAACAAAGCAUGUUUCUGCUAUAGAGAAAAGCAAAGAAGGUUUGAAUAAAGCCAAAGAAAUUUUGACACGCCUUGGUGUAGAGCCAUCCCAUGAAGAUUGCAUUGCUGUCCAUCAUGUUUGUACAAUCGUUUCAUUUCGUUCUGCCAAUCUGGUUGCUUGUACCUUGGGUGCAAUUCUGAAUCAACUACGUGACAAUAAAGGAGUACCCAGGCUGCGUACCACAGUUGGGGUAGAUGGUUCCCUUUACAAGAUGCAUCCGCAAUAUGCCCGACGCUUGCACAAAACAACAAGGCGCUUAGUUCCUGACUCUGAUGUGCGAUUCCUCCUGUCUGAGAGUGGCAGUGGAAAGGGAGCUGCAAUGGUCACAGCAGUGGCUUACAGGUUGGCUGAGCAGCACAGGCUGAUAGCUGAAACUCUGGCUGAAUUCAAGCUUACUCAUGAACAGCUAUUGCAGGUUAAGAAGAGGAUGCGAAUGGAAAUGGAAGCUGGAAUGAAGAAGAAAACUCAUGAUAGUGCAAAAGUGAAAAUGCUGCCCACAUUUGUCCGCAGCACACCAGAUGGAACAGAGAAUGGAGACUUCCUGGCUCUUGAUCUUGGAGGAACAAAUUUUAGAGUUUUGCUUGUGAAGAUCCGUAGUGGUAAAAGGAGAACAGUUGAAAUGCACAAUAAAAUAUAUGCCAUCCCUGUAGAAGUCAUGCUGGGUACUGGUGAAGAGCUGUUUGAUCACAUAGUUGCCUGCAUCUCAGACUUCCUGGAUUACAUGGGAAUAAAAGGUGCACGACUUCCCCUUGGAUUUACAUUUUCCUUCCCUUGCAAACAGACAAGUUUAGAUGCUGGUAUCCUCCUCAACUGGACCAAGGGUUUUAAAGCUACAGACUGUGAAGGAGAAGAUGUUGUAUAUUUGCUCAGGGAAGGAAUUAAACGGAGAGAGGAGUUUGACUUGGAUGUUGUUGCAGUGGUCAAUGAUACAGUUGGCACUAUGAUGACUUGUGCUUAUGAAGAUCCAAACUGUGAGAUUGGACUUAUUGUGGGAACUGGCAGCAAUGCAUGUUACAUGGAGGAAAUGAGGAAUAUAGAGAUGGUGGAGGGAGAUCAAGGAAGAAUGUGUGUGAACAUGGAAUGGGGUGCAUUUGGAGACAACGGAUGCCUGGAUGACAUCAGGACAAUUUAUGACAAAGCUGUUGAUGAUUAUUCAUUAAAUGCUGGAAAACAAAGGUAUGAGAAAAUGAUUAGUGGAAUGUACCUUGGAGAGAUUGUUCGCAAUAUUUUGAUUGAUUUCACUAAAAGGGGAUUCUUGUUUAGAGGUCAAAUUUCAGAGACACUGAAGACCAGAAGUAUCUUUGAAACUAAGUUCCUUUCACAGAUUGAGAGUGACAGGUUAGCUUUGCUUCAGGUACGAGCAAUCCUUCAGCAGCUUGGUCUGAAUAGUACCUGUGAUGACAGUAUAAUUGUAAAGACAGUGUGUGGGGCAGUAUCACGGAGAGCAGCUCAGUUGUGUGGAGCGGGAAUGGCUGCUGUUGUAGAUAAAAUAAGGGAGAACAGAGGAUUAGAACACCUGGAAAUAACUGUUGGUGUAGAUGGGACUCUGUAUAAACUACAUCCGCACUUUUCAAAGAUAAUGCACCAAACAGUAAAGGAUCUGGCUCCAAAGUGUGAUGUGACAUUCCUGCUUUCAGAAGACGGCAGUGGGAAAGGGGCAGCUCUCAUUACUGCUGUGGGAUGCCGACUUCGUGACGCUGAACAAAACUAAGCUCCACAACACUGGUCCCAAUUCUGCCUUUUGAGCACUUUCUUAUAAAGCAGUGACUCUGUAGUCUGAACUGGUUAAAGAAAAAAAACAAAAAAAAACCCCAAACCAGAAUCUGCUGCUUUAUUGAAAAAUACAAGUAAACGACAUACGUAGGAUACAAAAUAGUGUGUGUGCUGGUGAUAAUAUCUCUCAUCCCUGGCCUCCCAAUCUGCAUGUUUCUUUUUCAUCUUGUUGGCACAUUCCCCCAUCUGUAGGUCACUAAAAAUUGGUUUAUAAUUUAUGCAGCUGUCAAAAAUUAUUGUUUAAAAUUACAGUCAAAUACUGUACACUGAGAACUGCUGUUACUCCAUAUGAAAUGUAUUCUCUUAGAGCAGAUACCACCUCCAUGUUAAAUGCGUGCAAAUGUGCUGAACAUGAAACUAAGGUGUGUACGCUUAUAGAAGUGGAAGUAACAAUUCCCGCCUGCAUUUCUGCCACCUGUUGUUCCAUUUUAAAUGACCAUGGAAAUCUUACAGUGUAUCAGCACUGUGUGUUCACGUAACUCUAUAGUAGGACUGAUUUAUUUGCCUCCUUGAUCUGUGUUUGUCAGGUAAAAGUAAACAGCUUUGUCCCACAAAUCUGGUCUCGCUGGUAUUUCCCAUUGCUUCUGUGAAUAGUGUCGUGUUACCAAGUAUAAAAUGUUUUGUUUUAAAUAAGAAAAUCUUUACAAAUAAAACCAAGUGAUUGAUUGGGGUAAUCCAAAUCUCUGGAUGUGGGAAAUCUGUAGAUUUGUGGUCCUUAUUCAGACUUUGCUGUAUUCUUCAGUCCAGCGUUUCUUAUAAAAAUAUUUUCUCUUCUCUCUUAUUAAUACAGCUGGUUUGCUGUUCCUGCUAGUUUGUUGACUUGGCAGCUGAACAGGCUGAACCAAAUAUCAGUCAAAAGUGUAAACUUCUGUUUCUCACUUUACUGUAAUUAGCUUUAAAAAGUUUGCCUAAUUAAAUGCAAUUAAAGAGCUACUCAAAACGUGAAUACUCAGCAGAUGAUCCUAGGAAGAUACCAGGGCCGAGCUUUUGUUUUGUCUUUUGAGGGCCCAUUGUGCGUAAACCAAAAACCAAAAGCUGACCCAGCUAUUCCAAGGACUCAAGGAACACUACCAAUUAUGUGUGCAUUGUGUGUCAUCUUCUGUGUCAAAUUGAUUAUUCCAUCAUUAUAAUUGCAUAGCUGGUAUAUUAUUUAAAAUGAGAAGCAGUUAAAACAGUCUGCUUGUAAUAACUUUUGCAAGUCCCCCAUUUUUUGAUUUGCAGAAAUUAAGAGAACCUUCUGCUGUUUUUAAUUCCUCAUUUUCUAGUAAAAAUGGGGGCCUCUGCUUGCUCUGUCCUUUCUUUUUCCCUGCAGGAAAUAGAUUUUCAGGCUUCUUCUCCCCAUCUCCACCUUGCCCCCAAGAUUUGGAUUGCCCUAGCUGUUGAUAACAUUUUAGUAUGCAUUAUGGUGCACUGUGAUUGAAUGUUGUAAGGUAACAUGUGAGUUACAAACAGUAAUUGCAGCUUUAAGUUUGUGUCUACCUGAAAAUUGCAUGCCUAUCUGGUUUUGCAAAGGUAGGAAGUCUUUUUAAUUUGCACACUAGUAGCAAAGAUACUAGUGUUAAGUGGUAUUUGUGAAAAUAUUAAACCUUUUUUGAUGUGUGUUAA